AUGGGUUCAAGAAUCAGACCUCACAAACCCAAAUACCUCCAAGCCAUUCUUAAGGAAACCUUAUGCCUACACCCACCUGGCCAAAUCACAGGCCUCUGUGAGGCCAUGAAGGACUAUCAUCUUGGUGGCUACUUCGUCCCCAAGGGCACUCAUUUGCUAGUCAACAUUUGGAAGUUGCAGCGGGAUCCACGCAUGUGGGCCAACCCUUGUCAGUUUCAACCUGAGAGGUUCAUGACCACUCAUGCUGACGUGGAUUUCAAAGGUCAAAGUAAUUUCAAGUAUAUUCCAUUUAGUGCAGGUAGAGGUUUUUCUAGCUCCACGCCUUCCUCUUCAGCUUUACCAAUGCCUUUGAAGUACUUUGGUUUGAUAUCAUAA